UUAGUUGUUCCAUUGUUGCUGGCCUCCGUCGCCUUAGCCGCAGACAUGGGCAUGAAUAUUGCUGGUGGCGCUUACAACUUCGGAUACAACACAGGAGAUGCUGGUGGCCACAGCAGAUCGGAGUCUGGACAUGGGGGAAAUGUUGCUGGCAGUUACAGUUAUAUUGAUGCCAAUGGAGACAGACGAGUCGUUUCCUACACCGCCGGACCCGAUGGAUUCAAAGCUACUGGAGAUAUUGGAGUAGACAGAAAAACUGCCGCUGAAGCUGCUGCUAUUGCUGCACUGGCUCCCAAAGCACCAGCAGCACCUGCUCCAGUAGCACCAGCUGUACCUAAUUAUUACUACCCGGGUCAUUAUUCAGGUCAUUACUGGGGUCAUCCUCACCACGCCUAUAUGGGACCAUCUGGAUACUCUGCUUUCUGGUAAAUGACUUUGAAGGACUGACAUGGAUCUCGGAACUUACACUUAAAUGGAUUUGUGUUACGGCUCUCUUCUUAUUGAAUCUAUUCUCAGGUUCGUGAUUGACUGGAUUUAAAAAUUUAGU